AUGGAUUUGAAAGUACAAAUCGACAAACUAGAAGGUGCGGAAAAUUGGAGCAAGUGGAAGUGGCAAAUGAAAAUGCACUUUGAACAAUAUGAUCUCACGUCAAUUAUUGAUGGAACUAAAAUUUGUCCGGUCGCUGUAAACGGUGAUGUUAGUGCGGAUGAGCACGUGAAGAAGGUGGCUGAAUGGCGGCGUGAUAACGCUAAGGCAGCCGCGCUUAUUGCAAGUACGUUGAGCGCUUCUGUAGCCGAUUUAGUGAUGACGUACUCGAAUGCAAAGGACAUUUGGGACAAAUUAAUUAGUGUUUUUGAGCAAAGCAGUAUUCAGAGACUUAAUUUAUUGAUGACACAAUUUUUUCAAGUCGGUAGAGAUCCUAAUGACAAUGUUGCUACACAUGCAGCUAAAGUUGAAAGAAUCUACACGGAUAUGAACGGUGAAUUAAAUCGUAUUGGAUCAAGUAAUAUUCCAGAAGAAUUAUUGCAUGGCAAAAUAUUGCUUACUGUGGGUCCAGAAUUCCAGAAUUCAGCAAUGUUUGGGAGUCUCUAG